AUGGGAAAUGCAUCCAACACCUCAGUGUUCACGUCCACCUUAUCGGAGAGAGAAGACCUGAUUUUUGGCACUCUCUAUUUGGUCUUUGGCAUCAUGUCCCUGGCUGGGAACUCCCUGCUGCUGCUGGUGGCCCAUCAGAAGAGGUCCCUGCUGAAACCUGCUGAGCUCUUCAUCGUCAACCUGGCCAUCAGUGACCUGAGCACGACGGUGACGCUCUUCCCCUUGGCCACCUCCUCCUUCUUUGCACACAGGUGGCUCUUUGACCAGGCUGUGUGCACGCUCUAUGCCUUCUGCAGGGUCCUGUUCGGGCUGAGCAGCCUGGCCAGCCUGACGGUGCUCAGCACGGUCUGCUGCCUCAAGGUCUGCUACCCGGCAUAUGGGAGCAGGUUCUCGCACGGCCACGCUGCAGGGCUGCUGCUGGCCGUGUGGGCCUACGCCCUGGCCUUCGCCGCCGCGCCCCUGGCCCGCUGGGGCAGCUACGGCCCCGAGCCCUACGGGACAGCCUGCUGCAUCACCUGGGAGCCCUCCAGCACGGAGGCCACGCUCUACAUCCUCGCCCUCCUCAUCUGCUGCUACCUGCUGCCCUGCCUGCUCAUCCUGGCCUCCUACGCGCUGAUCCUGUGGACGGUGUGGGCGUCGCACAGAGCCCUGAGGCGGCACAGGCACACGUCCCCCCGGCACGGGAACCGCGGCCUGCGCGGCCUGCACGGGCUGCUCCUCCGGCUGAGCAUCGCUGUGUGCCUGGGGUUCCUGGCUGCCUGGACUCCCUAUGCCGUGCUGGCACUGUGGGCCCUGCUCGGGGACACCAGCCAGGUGCCAGUGCUGGCCUUCGUGCUCUCGGCCGUCUCUGCCAAGUCCUCGACGCUCUACAACCCGCUGGUGUGCCUGCUGCUCAAGCCCAGCUUCCACGGGUUCCUCUCCAGGGACAGGGUUCCUCUCCUGCAGGCCCUGCGCACCCUCCUGUGCUGCGGCUGCCGGGGCACCAGGCUCCAGCGCGGCCCGGCCCGGGGCUGCAGGAGCUGCAGGGAUGGUCCUGAGUGCUUCAGUACCUGCCCCAGGUGCUGCAGUGCCCCCCGGCUGCCCGGCAGCUCUGCCCAGCGCGGGGCCCUGGCCGUGCUGGCCGGCGGAGCCGCGGGGCAGGUGCAGGUGAUGGUGCUGCUCACUCGGACGUGCUCGGGCCUGGGCACUGCCAGCGUGGCGGGGGAGGCCCUGCCCUCGGCCAUCGCCAAGGAGCUGCUCUGA